AAUCAGAGCAAAGAAAAUUUCUAUAUUGACCCUCGUUAUCGGAUUAAGCUGGAGAUGUGCAGGAUUAGGCCCAUUACUAUAUGAUUUUACGGUGAUAGAAAAAGCAUUUGCUUCUUUGAGCUCUUAAAACAUAACCUAAUAUAACCUCUAAAGUUGGUUAUGUAUACAGAUUUAUACAUUUUGUACAUUAAAAACAAAACUCUUGUGUCGUAUCAACUUACGAAUAAUUUUAUCCAUAAUUCUGGAAAAGAUUAAAUAAAGUGGAAAUUUAUUUUGCAUAAGUGCUUAUCUGUUCAUGUUAAAUGAUUAUUUCACACAAUGCGUACGCUUUUUAACGUUGAGAAUUCUGAUUCGGAGGGAGAAUUGAAAAUAAAUACCGACUAUGCUAAGAAUUAUAAUAAUUGGCGGCAGAAGGAAGAAUUAAAUAAAUUGAAAACAAAGUAUGGGGAUAUCAAUGUAACUACAGUCUCAGAUGGAGAUUCUGAUACCGAGAGCUCAUCAUCCUCUGAAGAAGAAGAAGAAAAUGAGGUGACGAAACAGUUCGAUAAAGAUUUUUACAAAACCUUAGCUUUGUUAAAGAAGAAGGAUGAAAAUAUUUAUAAUCAAGAUGUAACUUUCUUCGAUGACACGAAUAAAGCGCAAGAGUCGUACUAUGAAAGAAAGAAAUUGUCUGAUAAAACUAAGAAAGAAAAAGCUCUUUAUUUGCGAGAUUACGAAAGGAACAUUAUAGUAGAACGAGAGGGAAAAUUCAGUGACAGUGAGGACGAGAAUGUAAUGAAAAAAAGUAAAGAGAAAGCUAAGAAAGUAACAUACGACGAAGAACAAGAACGAAUAAAAGAAAGCUUCAAAGAUGUACUACAUGAUGAGGACGAAGAUGACGGAGCCUUCUUAAAACCAAAGUCAAAGUCUGAAACACAGAAACAAAAGGAAGAAGCAGAUUAUAAAGAGUGGCUAAAAGGACAAAGAUCAAAUAUAAAUGAGAAGGAACAAGAAACGCUUAAACCUUUGCGUGAUUUUUGGUCUAAUCCUCAUCUAGAUACGAAUGAGAAGUUCUUGAGAGACUAUGUAUUGAAUAAUAAAUACUUAGACAAUGAAUAUGAAAACCCUGAUUUAGGCAGUAGUCAUUUACUACAUGACAGUGACGAAAAUUUAUCAGAAGAUGAAAACAAUAUAGAGAAACAGGAAGAAUUCGAACAUAAAUAUAACUUUAGGUUCGAGGAACCAGAUCAAGAGUUCAUUAAGAGGUAUCCACGUACCAUGGAAAAUUCGAUGCGUAAGAAAGAUACUCGUAGGGCUCAGAAAAGAAUGGAAGUGAAACAAAGAAAGGAAGAGGAGAAGCUUAGAAAGCAAGAAGAAUUGAAGCAGCUGAGAGCAUUAAAGAGAAAAGAGAUCGAAGAGAAGAUAGAGAAACUGAAAGAAAUUACAGGAAAUGAGGAUAUAAAGUUUAACAAUAUUGACUUAGAGGGUGAUUUCGAUCCUGAUGAGUAUGACAAGAAAAUGACGGAAAUCUUUAAUGAUGACUAUUAUACGGCUCCUGAAGAAGAUAUAAAACCUGAAUUUCCGGAUAUUGAUGAAGAGCUCGAAAUCGAAAGUACGUGGGAUAAUUACGAUCCAACUGCGGAAAAUAACUAUGCAUACGCUGAAGAAGGAUACAAAGAACCUCAUUGCGAGGAUGAAAAUUUCAAUAUGGAUGCUGACUAUAAUCCCUUCGAAAAUAAUCAUACAGAGGAAAAUGACACAAAGAAAAAGAAACGUAGACGGAAAUCCAAAUUUGCUGAACUAAUCGCACAGAAAAAACCUAAAUUUGAUCCUCAACAGUAUAGGUCUUACAAAGAGUACUUUGACAAGUAUUACUCUUUAAACUAUGAGGAUAUGAUCGGAGACAUACCAUGCAGAUUUAAAUAUAGACAAGUUGUACCCAAUGAUUAUGGUUUAAGUGUAGAAGAGAUUUUAGUGGCAGAUGACAAGGAGUUAAAUAAAUGGUGUUCCUUGAAAAAAGCGCUUCAACACAAACCCGACCAUGCGGAAUUAAACGAUGUCAGAAUGUACAAGCAGAAAGCUAGCAACGAAUUUGUUAAGAGGAAGAUACUCGCGAGUUUAUACAAGAAUCCAGAGGACGCAGAGGAAGAAAGCGAAAUGCAGGAUGCCACAAACGUUACUACUGCCGUUGAGGAGGAGAAAAAGACGAAGAAGAAACGACGUAGGGGAAAGAAAAAACAAGAAGCGCAGAAUGUCCAGUCUAUUAAUGAAUCAGAUAAAGAAGCAUCGAAUGAGACCGAUGUGGGUAAGCAAAACAUUACAAAUUCUUUAGGGACGAUGCAGAAAGAUUCUAAAAAGAAAAAUAAAGGAAGUGGAAAACGAGUAAGGACUGAGGAACAACUUGAACAAUUAGUGGAACCAUCGAAGAAGAAAAAGAAACAUACGGAUGAUAAUGCUGAAAAAUCUAAUUCGAACGUAAGCAUCGAAAAUGAAUCACACAUAGCUAAAGAAAUCAAGAAAUCUUUAAAGAGUAAGAGUACUGUUGGAGGACAAAGCAAUGGCGAGACAGGUUCUAACCAUCUGAAGAAGAAAGUGAAGCUCAAGGAGAAGUUGAAAAACAAAAUAUUGAACAAGAAGAAAGGGAAAGGCACUAAGUCGAAAGAAACUAAUGGCGAUAUUGUUUCAUUAAAUCCGGAAAGGCUAAAAAUGUACGGAAUAAAUCCAAAGAAGCUUAAGAAUAAAUUGAAAUACGGAAAGAAGCAACAUUAGCCGUAAUAUGUACUAUAAAUACAAAUUUGUAUAUAUGAUUUUACACAGAAAUAGACAAUAUUUCAUGUACAAACAAUUCGGUGUUGCAUAGUAACUAAUUAUUUAUGUAAA